AAAAAAGCGAAACAAAAACUUUUAUAGUAACGGUGAAUAAGUACCAGAGCGAGAUGACUAUAUUUCGGCGGCGUACUCUUCGAUCGUAAGGUCGACUACGAAAAACACUGACGCAAUUUUUACAGCGUACGUAAUUGAGGACUGACGGCGCCGGCGGUGUGUGCGUGCGCGUCGAGAGCGACGCCCGCGUCCGAAACGGAGGCGGAAUAUUUAGGUGAAAGUGUUUCGAAUUUCGACAUGACGACAUUCGCGCGCAGUCGUUAUCGUGACUUUGCCGAAUCGAGAGGUUCGGGGAGCGCGAGCUCGGACCACCGGCUACCCUCGCGUUUGCUCCACAGGAAGUGCGCCGACCGAAUGCUGAACCCAGUGCUUAUUGAAAAACUAUGCUGAGAGUUGGUGUGUCCAAAAAUUUUCGGAGACGUAAAUUAAAAAGGUGAAUCGGUGAAUUUGGGAGCUGGUUCGAGGGAUGCUCCCGAAGCCCUAGCGCGCAAGCUGGGGCCGGACGAGGCGCGCGCCGCCUCCGCGCACCACCGCCGACUGCACAACAUGACUUCCACGAUGGGAAUAAUGACACUCAGCCGCGGCCCGUGUGACCUUGACAACAUGAGUCUCUUCCAAGACCUAAAACUAAAGAGGCGGAAAGUUGACUCCCGAUGUAGUAGCGAUGGCGAGUCGGCCGCCGACACCAGCACGUCGUCGCCGGACCCGGGCCCGCCCUCGCCGCGCAUGGCCGACGCCGGCUGCAGCACGCCGCCGCACCCGCCGCCCAUGUUCGACGACGGCAGCUCUCCCACACCCACCCCGGCCUGCCACCCCACCGUCAUCCGCUCGGCGCCGCCAUACUCCGUCAUCAAGUUUGAGGGAGCCGCCGGCUCCAACAAGUCUGACAAUUCGCAUGCCAUUAAACACGUGGUCACGUCGCCCACGCAACACUCCUCUGUGAAGCUGGAGGGUCCGCCGGCGGAGCCGCCGCUCCCGUACAGGCCGCGAGCGCCCGCGCCGCCGCCGCCCGGCGUGCACUCGCCGCUCGCGCCGGGGCCCUGGCCGCCGGCCGCCUGCAUCAACGGUGUCAAGCCGGAACUUAUCGGCGGACACUUCCCGCCACAACCGCAGGAGCCCAAGACUGGUGCGCGAGGGCCCGGACAAUGGAGAGGGGCGCCCGCCGUCAUCAUGGGUGAAUCCGGGGGCGUACGAACAAUGUUCUGGACGCUCCCGGCGCCCACUCCCGGGGGUGAGGCGUCUGCGACACCGAGCGGGUCGCACACGCCGACGCCACCGACUCCCGACCCCACUACGUGCAGCGAAGAAUCUGCGGCUAGACUGCUUUUGAACCUAGGUGGCGAGCUGAGGCGGCAGCGCGGCCCGCCAUUGAACAUGGAACUAUUAUGGGCGGGAGACGUAUCACAGCUGCCGGCUCACCAACAACUACACGCUCUGAACCUGAGUGCGGCGGCGGGCAACACGGCGGGAGCCUCGGGCGGGCCGGUCCCGAGCCCACACUCCAUGCCACGCCCGGAGCUGCGCGCCUACGCACCAGAAGCCGAACGUGAAGAAGAUGAACAGCCUAUGAUCUGCAUGAUAUGCGAAGACAAAGCGACUGGUUUACAUUAUGGAAUUAUCACCUGUGAAGGAUGCAAAGGUUUCUUCAAAAGAACUGUACAGAAUAGACGUGUGUACACAUGCGUCGCAGAUGGAGGCUGUGAAAUCACAAAAGCGCAAAGAAAUCGAUGUCAAUAUUGUCGUUUCAAGAAAUGUAUUGAACAAGGCAUGGUUUUACAAGCUGUAAGAGAAGAUCGCAUGCCUGGCGGGAGAAAUAGCGGCGCAGUGUACAAUUUGUACAAAGUAAAAUAUAAGAAGCACAAAAAGGCUAAUAAAGCAGCGACAACAACAAGCCGGGCGUCGCCACCAGAAAAGCCUAAAGAACCAAUGCCACCUCUCCCGCCUCAUCUGGUCAACGGCACCAUUCUUAAGACUGCUCUCACCAAUCCUAGCGAGAUGUGUUGCGUUCAGGUUGUCCACCUAAGGGCUCGAUUAGAGAGCGCAGUGUCGUCGUCUCGUGACCGCGCGGUGCCGCUGGAGCGCGCGCUGCACAUGAUCCGCGCGCUCAUCGACUGCGACGCCAUGGAGGACAUCGCCACCGUGCGCCACCUGCCCGACCUCCUACACGACACCUCCGAAAUAGGCGACAAGCUAUGCAAGAUCGGGGACUCCAUCGUACACAAGAUGGUCGCGUGGACGAAGAAACUGCCCUUCAUAAUGGAGAUUCCGAUGGAAAUACACUCCAAGCUCCUGAUGGAGAAGUGGCACGAGAUCUCGGUGCUGACGACGGCGGCGUUCCAGGCGAUGCACGGGAAGCACGCGCACGCGCCGCCGUCCUCGGACCACGAGCACGACUUCAUACAGGAGGUGAACGCAAACCUGCGGACGCUGCAGAACUGCCUGACGUCGCUGAUGGGGCGGCCCAUCACCCUGGAGCAGCUGCGGCUCGACGUGGGGCUCGUCGUCGAGAAGAUGACCCAGAUCACCUGCGUCUUCCGCCGCAUUCAGCUCCGGAUGGAGGAGUACGUCUGCCUCAAAGUCUACAUAUUGCUGAACCAAGAAGUGGAACUGGAAGGCAUUCAGGAGCGAUACGUGCAGGUUUUACGCAGCUAUCUGGAGCACGCAGCUCCCCACCAUCCCGGCAGACUGCAGGAACUAUUUGCCAGGAUACCUGAGAUCCAAGCAGCGGCGAACCUCCUACUGGAAAGCAAGAUGUUCUAUGUGCCGUUCGUGCUAAACUCGGCAGAGAUCAGAUAGUACGUGUAGUCGCGCCGCGCGUCUUAUGUCACCACCUGUGUUCACUGCCCCGGCACAAGAGCUCGUACAAUGUUCCUAGUCGCCCGCCAAGGGCCGGCCGCCGGCCGCCGGCCGCCGGCCGCCCGACGGCCCGCGCGCCCUCGCGGCGCGAUAGCGAACUCUCGCGAGCACGGCUGCACAUACCAGCACUCGCCUCGCGCCCACGAGUCCAUGUGUGUAACGAUGUUUAUUUUAGAGGAAUUAAAACGUCCCAAUUGACAGACUGAUUUUUAUUAAUAGUUGUUAUGUGAUAAGCGCCAGGGACUCGAAUGCGUGUUUUAUACCUACGUGGUAGUGUAUACUAAUUAGUGUAAAAUAGUUUAAUGUUAGUUCAUAUUUAAAACUGACAGAAGGAUCGCAUAAUAUAUUAUUUCUGUAAAUAUAGAGUACUUUAUAGCAUAAGUAGAUUGUUUAAGAUGUUGUUUUAGAUAGAUUUGUUUCUUGUACAUGGAAUAUUGCUGUUUUAGUUUGCAUUUUAUAACGUGUAGGGGUACCUAACCAGUGUAAUGUAAUAAUGAGAAUUUUACCUGUCUAAGACUUGUUGGUAAGUAAUGUUAUGUAAAUAGACUGUAAGUACGUACUCUCAGUGUUUACCAAGACUGCUUGUAUACAACUGUACUGUUUAUACACUAACAAACAUAAUGUUCUAUAGUCACAACUUAUGCAUUUUUAUUGCCAAUACUUCGCAUAGACACGUUUCGUGCAUUAUAAUUUUAUCUAAUGUUUUCUCUCGUCCCUAUUCUGACUUAACCAAGUAAUGUAAGGAUCCGGUGUACAUUGUAGACGAUGUUUUAUUAUACUUGCUUAUUGCAUUUCUCUUACGAAGUUAUCUUCACGUGUACCUAUUGUACAGGUGCUUUACACUUUCGUUUGUUACUGUAUUUAGACAAUCCGAACUCAACUCCUCAGUCACUAAUUGCGAUAAAUAAGUGUGUAGGUAAUAUACAUCAGCAUCACAUAUCUCACUCGAGACAUCCAUCCCACCCUAUGUUCGAAUUUACUAUGCACUUAUACGUACAUGUCGAUCUACCUACUAAGUUGGUAGAUGUAGUUUCUUUCAGUCAGGAUAAAUAUAAUUAGAAAAAUCAUUCCUUCAUAGUCAUUUAUUAGAAACGUAUUAAACUCACAACGCAAUGGUUCAUUCCCCGAGAAACAUUCAUCGUCGCCAUCUUCCGUUCGACUUCCUUUCUGACAACAUUAUCUCAUAGAACUUCCAUCAUAUUUAUCCCGUACUCAUACAUUAUGUAUAAAAUAAAUAGGUAAAUGAAACUUAAUUGUAUAACGUUAAUAAUACUACUUUAAAUAAAUAGAAACAAAGAGACUUUCUCAUUUUAACACUGUCGGUAUAUCACUGCCUUUCGUUUUUAAAACUUAUUUGCCGUUAUUGCUAUACAUAAGUCUCCGGUUUCUCGUUAAUGUUUUAGUGUAAUGGACGUUCCAGCAACGGUGAACAGUUACCAAUAGCUUUAGGAAGGCGACGUACGCCGAUUAUCUUAAGUAAUUACAACCAAAAAGUUCGUUAUAGGGACUUACAUAGGUUCUAGUUUAAAACGGUUAAGCGUUGUACCACACAUGUCUCGAUGUCGUGGCGAGCGUGUAGCGGCCAUGUUACAAGAUCGACAACGCUCUUAAUUCUGUACAAGAACGUAUUAUUUGGCAGAAUACCGCCGCUCUUUAAAGGUAUCAUGUACCGUUCUUUGUUCUACACAUACUUAAUAGCCACGACAUCUUUCUUCCACGUAGCUUACGAUCUCGUCCCGGUAAUGAAGACGUUAACUCAUAUCCAAUAAACACUUACAAUUUGGAUUAAAAUUUUCUUCUAAGCUACUUUUGGGCCCUAACUUAAGAGUGAACCCAUUUCUAGCACUCCAACAUUUAGGAUGAACACAUCGCAUUCGAUUCUGUCAACACUUCAGUCGAAAGUUUUAUGUUCACGUAAAAUACAGAUUGGUAGAGGUAGCUUAGCAGAAAUGUGUGUUUCGGCUUAGACUUCAGGUGGCAAAGGUAGAAGUCUAUAGACAACUCUAGAAGAGCAGCCAUGUUGACUAAAUCGAGCGACACACGACCGUUCCUCGUCAUGUUACCAUUAGAUAAGUGUUAGGUAUUAACGUGUUUUAUAUGUGUAAUUUAAAUUAAUGAAUACAACCAGUUACAAUACUGCCAUUAAAUGCCUAAAUAUAAAUACCUAGUUUCAAAAUAAUUUUGUUAUAGGUAACUAAUGUGUAUAUGAUUUAACUUAGUAAAACGGCGUUCGUGAAAUUAUAAGUUAAAUGUGAUAAUUAAACAGUGAUAGAGUAAAUAUUCGGGGUAAAGAGCGCCCCGUGCCGUGCUCGAGCGGAAAGCCAUGGGGCACGCUAAGGCAACUACUGGGCACCAGCGUCUACUGCCAACUCCCGACUUUAUAUAAAUUAGUCUGAUUGUGUUUGACUCUUGCAAUUAUAUGAAUUACAAUAACGUACACGCGAGUACGUACCUUUAUCGAUUUUCGGAAGUUCACAUGUAUUUAGCCCUGUGUAGGAGCGUCUGACGUAACUAAAAGAGUCUGAACUAUAGGAGCUCGGUACCCGCGCGUGUAGCUUGCUUUAGAGGCCCCCAUUGAAGUCCCGCCGUGGCGUAUCCUCUCCUGUAGGAACUUCAUGUCAAAUAUUCUCCUUAAUUGGGUAACUAUAUUUAUUUAUCUUAAUUGUAAAUUAGUUUUAUAAAACACCAUCUUAACGACGGUGUAACUCUAAAGUCUGAGGUAAAGAUGCCUUUAUAGAUUACAUGUUACGAGGAAAUCAUAAAAAAAACUAAUCACGAAUCGUGCGUCAUUCUACUAACGUGUAAAUGAUUAUGUGUAUGUAGAUAAUAUGACACUUAUUUUGUUAGUAUCGUAGCGUAUACUGUUAUUAAGGUGAAACUAACGGCAUUGUAUCAAAUGGAGAUUAGGACGGUAAGGAUGUUAUUGGCGUUGUACAAAGGAUAGUAUUGAUAGAAAUUAACGAUAAAAUUGGCGCAUUACUGGCGAGUACCUAAUUAGAAUAGUACACGAAGAGCCCACUGAGGCUAACAUUUCUUGUGUAAAUAAAUACUAUUUUGACAUAAGAUGGCCACUUGCUUUUCGAUGCUGUCCUGAUUAUUUGCUGGACUCUGUAAUAAGACUUAAUCGCCUAUUUCUUCUUUCAAACUCGUGUUCUUCUGUUCAAAGCAAUCCAGGAUAUUAGAUGCAACAAAAAAUCGAAAAUAACUGAACGUAGAAUUUGCUCCUGGUUGGUGAUUUGAUUGCGUUUGAGUAAUUUGCAUCCGUACCAGUCGGCUCUCGAACCAAGUUCACUCCUCCGCAGGCCGCUCUGUGGGAUGGAAUCGAUUUUGGAGGCUGCUGGAGAUACGGUCGUAGCGCCGCGCAGUCCGGCGCCGCCCGCGGCUCACGCCGGCCGCCGCCGGCCGCCCGCCGCUCACAAUCAAUUAUUAAUCAUUAAUCUAUUGGUACAUGAAUGUAUUGUAAACUACUCUAAGGCUGAGAUGUUUAGUGCGGAGUGCGCGACGCGGCCGCGCGCCGUCCCUGCGCGGGCGCCGACGGGCGGACCUAGUUAAUAUUUCGAAAAUAUUUUGACUGAUAUAAUAAUUUAAACGUAAUAAUGUUAAUAUAUUUAUAAGAAUGUAACAAAAAACUUAAUGCAUUUCACACUUUCUUUACAGUCCAUAAGAAAAAUUACAUGUAAGAUAUUGUGACGAAAUAUUUUCACAUUGAUAGUGUAAGGUUUGUUGUGUAAAAUAGCGUUUCGUGUAUUUCGGGUAAAAGAAGGGUUGAAAUUGUGUACAUUAGACAUUGUAUUAAAAUAAUAGUACUGAAAAUGGUGUGUAAAUCAGUAACAGAAUAUAUAUAUUUGGAAACGUUGAAGAGUGAUUGUUGUAAAUAUACAAUAUACAUAUAUAGAACCACAUGUCACAGAUGAAUAUUUGAAAUAAGUACAUACACAUUCAUAGAUAUCUGUUCUAAAUGUUUUAUUCAGAUAACAAUAGGUAAUCGUGUUCUGUUAUGGUUAAGUGUCUAAAUAAAAACUAUAAACAAACACGUUUCGCUUGUCUGGUUCAUUCGACGAUUUUGUAUCUAUCUGUUUCCUCACUUUUUUGAAUCGAAGUAUUUUAGAGAUAUAAUAUGGUAUACAAGUAUGUUUAUCUGUACACGUGUCACAGUCGGCCCUCGGGGCCGCUCGGUCCCGCGGGGCGGGCGUCCCGACUCCCGGGCUCCGACGCCGCCUGUCCGAGGAGCUAUUUGCUAUGUUCUUUAUAAAAUUUGAUAGUUGAUUGUGAACGAGUGUGCUGUUGUACUGUACUCUCGUAUUUAUUUGGGCUCGCUCAAUUUCAAGACUUAUCGCUUUCAGACCUAGCAUAUUAUACAUUGUUCGCUUUAAUUUAAGUAUUAUCAAUACGAUAGGGUUCUGUACUUGUAGUAUGUCACUUAGUUGCUGAUCGCUGAACCGUACUCGUUGGUUUCGGCCGCGCCGGGCUGGCUACGGACUUAAUACACUCAGACCUACGUUUUCAAGACAAAUCUUAUUCAGACUAACUUUAAAUACAUAACUUCACAUCUACACAAGGUCAAAAAAAUCAACUCAAUACAUUAUAAUUUCAGGCUAUACAAUGCGACAUAGUUACAGUUGUAUACCAAAUCUAAAAAAGUAUAAAUAAAGGUACCUACGUGUAGUAAGUACUAACUUGACAGAUGGUGCUGCAUUUAAUCAUAGGUAUAUCAGUGCAAGAGUUUAAUUUCUAAAAUAAUAAAUCCAUUUUAUUGCUGACUUAAAGACAGUGAAUCAAUGGUAGCACUUUAGUUUUGGUAUGCCCACUGUUAGCUACGUGACAUACGUUAGUCGCAACCGUGCCGUGUCCGUGCCGUGUCCGUGCCGCGCCCGGCCCGGCCCCGUGUGUAGUGCACUCAGGAAGUCAUGUACUGCUCUAUAUUGUCUCGUUGAGUGGUGCGCCGGCUGUUAGUCAAAAGAUUGUAAUGGUUUGCCAAGAGAAGUUACCUACAAGUUGUGUUUAGUUAGCGAUGCAUAACGUGUUUGUACUUUAAUUUGUUUUUUAGUUUUACUCUUGGAAAUCAAUGGUUAAUAAAUUAAGAAAAUAAAAUGUAUGUGAAUUAUU